UAAAGGAGGACUCUGCAAUGACAGAGUUUCUGCAAUAAGAGUCUCCACCGAAGUGGCUGUGUAUCUACACUGGAAGAGUAAACUGGAAAGAAAAAGGGUGUUAAAAAAAAAAAAAUAAAGGUCUAACCGUAACGACGGACCCACAAGCAGCCACAGGAAACUGAUAUAUGGAAAAACCAGAAUUGGAGUCAACUCGUGUGCAACCAGGACCGUCUGCCAACAGUGAAACACUCUCGAUGUCUAUGUGGGGUGGCUGCCCCUUUAAGACGAGAGAACAAUGGCCUGCCUCCAUUUCCCACAAUUCCACUCGCCGAUUCCUUAGGACGAAGCGACUCGGCAGCCGGCUGUGCUUCUUCUUAAGGCACCACAGAAUGUCUCAGUGGUCCCCGCCGGGCGCUGACGCAAAUAGCCGGAGGAGGAAGAGGCCAGCUGAACACCCUCAAGACUCUCCACAGGCACAACAAGAUGAUGACCAGGCACCUGACGAAGAGGCACAGCUCUACGAGUGCCCUGUCAAAGGGCCACAAUAUCAAACAUCACAGUGUUGCUCUUCACCCACACACCAGCUGAAAUGUCCCGCCCAAUACACAACAAAAUACUUGUCAGCACAUUCGUAUCCAAGCCAUCUUGCGUAUGAAGAUAGCUGGGAGGAGAUCCAAAGUAUAAGAACCAUCAGAGCCGAGAACAAAGUGGAAGCCAACAAGCUGGUCAACAACUACAGGUUUGGCUUUAGAAAAUGGAAGAGCCACGUGACCGAGCGCCCCUUUGAAGAUCGAUCCGAAGUGGUGAAAGAGCUCUACUCAGAACUGAAUGUCAUUAAGCCUCAUACUGGUCCAGCUCAUCUCCUCACAUGUGGAAAUGUGACUUAUAUGUUUCUAUUUGGUUGGUGGCUCUCCGUGAUCUACCUGCUGGUGGGCCUACUAAUGUUCCUCACUGUCAUCGGCGCACCGUAUGGAAAGCUCUGCUGGAAGUUGUCCUGUUACUUCCUGUGGCCAUUCGGCAAGUUAGUUUGUCAGAUUGGACAUACAUUUCGCAGAUGUUGUGAGCAAAUGCCUGACUGUGAGUGCACUUUGGAGUGGAUGGAGGACAGCUCGCCGGUGCUGCUGCCGUCACCCACCGAGAGUCCUGUCCCGGAGGAGGCGUCAGAGCGGCAAGCACCCUCGGGCUACUGGUGUCGUCCCUCCACUUAUGUAUGGCUCUUGCUGGGAUAUCCUCCUCUGGUCAUUAUCCACUCUCUGGUCUGCCUCCUUUCCUGGAUCCUGGUCUUCACCAUCCCUGUCGCUAAGAUGAACGCACGCACUUUAGCCGUCAUCCUUCUCUUGCCUCCGGAGGAUGUGUCCGUGUCAGAAAGCUCACAAAGGAAGUAUCAAGGCUAUGAGAGCCGGACAGUGCUGUGCUGCUACCAUGCAGCAAACUGGUAUUAUUACAAGUACACUGUUGAUGGCAUCAAUGUAUUUGCUGUCAACCUCCUCCCUCUCGUCAUAUUUGCACUGAUAAUCGGGUACAUUGACAGUGAUAACCGUUAUGCCAGCUCUGACGCCAAGUUCGCCAUAGCAAUUGUCUCCAUCAUACCUCUGUCACACUACAUCGGCAUGGGCAUUGCCAGCAUCUCAGCCCAGAGUAACUUUGCCGUUGGUGCUGUUGUCAACGCCACCUUCGGCUCCGUCACAGAGUUGACUUUUUACAUUACGGCUCUGCUGAGGGGUCACAGGGCAUCCAACCCGUGCCUGCAGGAGGUUGUGAAGGCUGCGCUGACUGGCACACUUCUCGGGUGCAUCCUCUUCAUCCCUGGCAUCUGUAUGAUAAUUGGAGGGUUGAGACAUUGCGAGCAAAGAUUUAACAGUCGCUGCACUGGAGUGAGCUCUGCACUGCUCUUCAUCUCUGUUGGAGGUGUCUUCGCCCCCACGUUGUUCUCCAAGGCUUACGGCAACUUUGUCUGCGAUGCCUGCACCAACUCCACAUCAGCAAACACCACAAGCAACAGCAGUGGCCCAUUUGUCUGCCACAACUGUCACUAUGAUGUGAACAACGGCACGCUGUUCCAUCACCAUGUUGAGCCCCUGGUGUACACGGUUUCUGCCCUUUUGCCGGUGGCUUACAUCAUUGGACUGAUAUUUACACUCAAGACACACUCCCACAUCUAUGACAUCCACCUCGGAGAUGGACAAGGUCUUUUCGAACUAGAGAGCCAGAACCACCAGCACGGCAGUACUGUGGUUCACUGGUCUCGAUGGAGGUCUUUGCUCAUCCUCAUCAUGGCCACUGUCCUCAUGUCUGCCUGUGCUGACCUGGCCACUGAGCACAUGCAGCCCAUCCUCAACCAGCCCAAUAUCUCCCAGUAUUUUAUUGGGGUAACAAUUAUCGCCAUGGUUCCCGAGAUCCCUGAGAUUGUGAACGGUAUCCAGUUUGCACUUCAGAAUAACAUAAGUCUCAGCUUAGAGGUAGGCAGCUGUAUUGCUGUGCAGGUGUGCAUGCUCCAGAUUCCAAUCCUGGUCUUGUUCAACGCCUUCUAUGAUGUGGGUUUUGUGCUCUUGUUCAGCGACCUGCACCUUUGGACCAGUAUCUUCAGUGUCAUUCUGGUCAACUACAUUUUCAUGGAUGGCAAGUCAGAUUAUUUUCAAGGUACAGCUCUGGUGGUUGUGUACCUUAUCCUAAUGGCUCUCUAUUACUUCGCUCCAUCACCAGCAGGCUGCUGACUCGGAGGACUGACAGUAUGUUCUUUAAAUAACUCCACAUUUACAUUACUCCCAAAACUUCGGGAUCGAUUAACCUAAAAUACAUGGCAAAUAUGGAUUACGUUCUCCUUCUAUGAACAUUUGAAUGCACGUCCAGCUGUGUAAGGUUUCAAUGCUUUUUGAACAACUCAGUAAUAUUCACAAAAUUCAAGUUUAUUUGUAUAGCCGUUAACCACAAAAGAGUCUCAAAGGGGUGUGCAGUAUUAAUUACUGUAACUGUUACUGUUAAGCACCUUUUGGAGAAGACAAAAAUGUGCACAAAGUACUGAAACAUUGAACACUUUGGCGUUCAAAACCUUAGAGAUGGUCAAAUCAAGCUUGCAGGUAAAAGUUCUAAUGCAUUUUAGGUUCAUUAUGAAAUUUCACACCAAAGCCAAAUAGUCUUAACUUUUUGUGAGUCGUGUACAUAAUAACUGAACAAAUGAUAACUGCCUCAAAGCCAUAGUGUGUAUCAAGUGGUGGACCAGCCCGGACACCUUUCAUGUUGUGUUCACUCAAGCAGACGGUUGAUGCUAACAUGACAAGUUGUGUGGACUGCUUACACAAGUCAAUGGAAGGAAAGAAUCCCACAUUAUUCCGUAAAGUUGCUUUAACCCCCUCUACAUGUUUGAAAACACAACUCAUUUACAUAUACUAUAAAUUUUAAUUAAUUUCAGUGGUUCAGUUAAAAAAGUAGAACUGUCGUAAUUUUUCUUCUUCUUUUGGCUUGUCCCGAUUAGGGGUCACCACAGCGUGUCAUCUUUUUGCAUCUAAGCCUAUCUCGUGCAUCCUCCUCUUGAACACCCACUGUCCUCAUGUCCUCCCUCCCAACAUCAAUCAAGCUUUUCUUUGGUCUUCCUCUCGCUCUUUUGCCUGGCAGCUCCAUCCUCAGCACCCUUCUACCAACAAAGUCACUCUCUCGCCUCUGAACAUGUCCAAACCAUCUAAGCCUGCUCCCUCUAACCUUGUUUCCAAAACAUCCAACUUUGGCUGUCCCUCUAAUGAGCUCAUUUCUAAUCCUAUCCAACCUGUUCACACCAAGCGAGAACCUCAGCAUCUUCAUUUCUGCUACCUCCCAAAAAAAAAUCAUGAAAUAUUUCACUUUGUUGUGAAUCUAAAAAAAACAAAAAAAGCUCACUCUGUAACUACUGAAACUAAGUGGUCCACAAUGGUAUAAAUGUAUUAAGAUAAACCUGUUUAAGAGAGAAAUAUUUGGUUUUGGACUUGAACAGUAUUUUUUGAAACUAGACAUAAUGUGUACUGAAAUGCUCUUGUUUUUA